UAUCGUGUGAAAUAUUGGUUCAACCAAGUGAGAAAACAUUUGUUCAGGAUGAACCACCACAUUUUCCGGAGAGUAAUAUACAUGAUUCUCCAACCAGAGGUUUGUGGUCUGAUAUAUCUGGAUUAACUCCCCCUCCCAAUGUCACAUCUUUGGAAAAUCAAAUGGAACAUCUUCCAGCGUCAAAGACGGUAUCUACCCAAAGUCUCCGAACCGAAAGUUUAGAGUUGGCCCUGAGGGAUCCAUUCCCAUUUUUUGAGAAUCCAUCAUUCUCGCUUGGUUUGGCACAGGAAGAACAACAGGAUCACACUGACGGUAUAUCCUCUCAAGAACCAGAAACGGUCGAAGAAGGCAGUCAGGUUAAGCUCCCACAACGUCGAAAGAGUUUGCGACUACAAAACUUUCUUGAUUCAACUUUGCUUCUGUUUACUUCGGCAGAGCAUGUACAAAAUGAAGAUAACAAUGAUGACCUGGUGAACGGGUCGGCUGCUGAACAAGUCGCAGUAGAAAAAGAUAAUCCUUUUGAUUUACAAGAAUGCAAGAGAGGCAAAAGACAAAAAACAGUUACCCAUGGCCUCGUUGAUGUUUUCCAGUGUAGUCCAGAUAUAUUAAAUAGAGCAAGGGAAUCCCAAAUGGUUGUGUAUGGCAAAAAUGUUUCUUGGGAAUAUACACAAAAUUAUACUAAACUUGCCCAGAAGCUGAAAUCCCAUUUGUAAGUUAUUCGAUUAUCUUAUUUCUAUCCAGAUAUAUUAAGAUCUAGUUGUGUCAUUAAUAUAUAGUUAUACAUACUAGUGUUAAAUUCAUCUCGAAGGGCGUCAAGUUUCAAACAAAGACAUUAUUGACAAUGUCGAAUAGAGAUUUGUUUCUGUCUUUUGUUGAAUCUUUUUCAAGGCUCGAUAGAUAAUUUGAUAAGCCAAUAAUUUUUUUCCGUGUUUCAGAAUACGGUUAACCAACAUGUUAACUAAUCGAUUACGAUAAAUUGGAUCGGAUUUUGCAGAGCAAGCGCAGAAAAAAGGAAACUAGAAAUUGGCGAAAUAACAAAUUUUAGGGACUAUAGGGAGUAUUACUUGUCUUGCGAGUCUUCGACACAAGAAAAGGAAUUUUAGACAUCCUUUUCUUGUGUCGAUCUUGUCAUUCUUAAUUGCAUUCGUUAAAAAAUCCUAUUAUUAGUUUACAUAUAUAUUACUGUUUCUAUAUAUAUAUAAGGUUUUAAUAUAUCUAUAUUAAUAUAUAUCGUAUAUAUAAUUAUUAAUUAAUAGUAUAAUAAUAGUUACUUUUUGUAGUUUUAUUUAUUUUAAUUUCAAGUUUGAUGAAAUACUAAAAAAAUAAGAAAAAACUUCUAUCAGUAUAGACAAAAUUUUAAUGAUAGAUCUAAUGAUAAAAAAUAUUGUGUCAGUCGGGAAAGCAGAAAAAUAAAAUUAAGUGAUCCCCCCCUUUUUCGAUCUUUGAAAGGUUAAUAAUAAAUACAUGCCAUACUCUUCAAAGGUAGUAUAAUCUUCUUUGUUAUCAUUAAAAAUUGAUCCACCUAUUAAUAUAAUUCUUUGUAGGUGAUGGAUAUACUCAUGAAGCAUCUUAGCUUGUCAUAUGCUAAGCAGUCUCUUUCGGUCGGGGGAAAAAACUUGGUAUUUUUUAUACCAAGUUCGUUGCCUCUGUGUCUAGGAAUUACUCCAAAUUCUCCAAAAUACCGGAAAAGGAAACACAUAUAUGUUUACAAAGGGUCUGCUAGAAGUGUUUGGAGAGGUGAUGGACCAUCAUCCUGAUCAUUAUCGUUUCUACUUUCCUUUUAAUCUGGAUAAGAAACACUGGGUCGGCUUGUGUGUGGAUGCUUCCUCUUGGAUCAUUACAGUUUUUGAUUGCAACACCUCGCUAAGGGAGUGAAGCUUUGAUGAGUUCUAAACUUAAACCAAUAUCAGAGAUGUUUCCUUACCUAAUGAAACAAGAUGGGCUGCGAAUUUCAAAAUCUCAACUGAUACCAAUGGUUGUUGAAAGAGCAAAAACCGUUCCGCGGAACAUCAUAUCAGCAUAUUCUUUGUUAGCGUCGGUUUUGCUAAUGCAAACACAUUAUCUCUCUGGAAUCAAAACAUGUCGUUGUAUCGCACCCCAUAUCUUAGCUUCUGAGGCGCAAAGGGUCGCUGUUAUGCUCUAUGAGUUCCACAUGAAACUCUAGUUUGUUGUUUAUGCAUUGAAUUUGUAGAAUUUGUUAUAUUAGACUCUGUUUUUAAGUAAUGAUUUAAGACGAAUGCGAUGUUUGAGAA